AUGGGUGACAACUCUGAGUUCCACGAACAGUCCGCCGACACCUUCUUCAUGGUGGGCGACCCUGAUGAAUUCGACCCGAAAAAAUGGGUUCGGACUGUGUCACAACCUACCCAGCGCCAGACAGAGACUCACUUGGAGGUCUUGAUCGUAGGCGCAGGAUAUGCCGGGCUAAUGGCGGCGCUCGAGUGCUGGCGGAUGGGUCACAAUGUGAUCGGCAUCCUGGACAGGAACCAAGGGCCCAACUUCAGUGGCGACCUGAUCAUCAUCCAGCCGUCCGCGCUGGAGGUGUUUAGACACUGGCCUGAGAUGCGCCGAGAGCUGGAGGAGGACAAGUGCGAGGCGGGAACGUACUACUACCGCCACAAUGGCGAGCUCAUUGACGGCCCAUCGCAGCCGAACUUCAACGCCCCUGAAUUUGUCACGGAACGUGCAGCCAAGCCCGGAGGAUUUCCUUACUGUGGUGCGGUACAGAUACGAAAGAAGUUCUACCGUAUGCUGCUGCGUCAAGUUGCUCGGCUAGGCUUCAAGGUCGACUACGGCCAGCGAGUGGAGAGAUAUUUCGAGGAUGACACAGCUGGGAGGGCCGGUGUUGUGCUUAAAGACGGCUCCAUCAGAACAGCUCAUGUUGUUGUGGCGGCGGAUGGCUCUCGAUCGGCCUCGGAUGUGCUUAUCGCCGGCGAACAUACAGCAACGCGAUCAAGCGGGAUGUCUGUCUACCGCACGGCGUUUCCAACCAAGAUCGCCAUGGCCGAUGAAAUGGUGCGUGAACGAUGGCAGGGCAAGCACACGUACGAGUUCUGGAUGGGCUCUAGCAUGCAUAUUGGGCUGUACCUCUCCGACGACAUGACCGCGUUCGGCAUCACGCCGCGCGACGAGCUCCUGGACGAGGGAAAAGUCGCCAGCGAGUCCUGGGACCCGAACGUGGACCCGGACGAGGUCGUGCGAGUGCUGCGUCGGGCCAAGGUGCGGGAAAAGCAGCAGCAGCUUCCCGCCGGCCCGGAGGAGGACUGGCACCCCGUCAUCGAGGCCCUGGUGCGCACCGCGCCGCGCGGCAACCUCAUCCACUGGCCUUUGAACUGGCGAGACCUCCGCCGCGACUGGGCCGGCCGGUGCGGCCGCGUCGUGCAGGUCGGCGACGCCGCACACUCGACCGUACCGUCCUCUGCAGCCGGGGGCACGCUGGCCCUCGAGGACGCUAUCACGCUGGCAGCGUGUCUGCGGCGGUCCUGCGCGGCGGCGGCAGGGGAGGCGGCAGGGGCCCAGGCCCCGCUCGGCACCAGGGUCUACAACAUCCUGCGGUACGAGAGGGCAAGUUGUACCCAGAAGAUGGCCUUUGUCAACGCCCAGGUCCUCGGCGACACGACGGACUGGGAGGCUGUGAAGAAGAAUCCAAGCGUGGUCCGCCUGCGGUAUCCAAAAUGGAUGUUUCUACAUGACCCUGAGGCGUACGUCGAGGACAAGUACGCAGAGGCGGCCUCUCAUAUAAUUCAUGGGACUGAGUUCAGCAACACUAACAUUCCUCCGGGGCAUAACUUCGUGCAUUGGACACUUGACGACAUUCAAAAGGAGAUGGCUGCCGGGAAGAGAGUCGAAGAUCUUCUUGAUGGAGAUUGGACGUGA